GCUUUAGAGGCGCUAUCUGCGAUGUCUCUGGGCAAUUUGCCUCUGUACGGUCAUCUUUCACCAGCACACCUGGGCUCUUUCGUACACGCUUAGACGGGUAUGGAGGAAGUUCGAGGAAAUUCCUCGCCUGCGCUGCCUUAUGACAAAUCAACCUAUAGUCCAUUUCCUGCUGCCUGGAGGACCAUUAUGGGGAGAAUACAGUUCUCAAAUUGAUCAGCAUAUUAUGGAUCUGAUGGUAACAGACAAAAGAGGCCUUGUUUCUCAAAUAUUACCAUAGCAAGUGUGCUUCAUUCACAGCUUGGCUCAUAUUUCCUAAACUGCAUCACCGCCAGGAACGGCAUGAUUCUACUUUUAAGGCCCUAUGCCAUUCAUUUUCAGUUCUUUUGAUGGCUUUGUCAGAGCAGCAUGCAUGUUUAAUGGCGAUAAUUGCACAAUAAGGCUGUGGAUUCUAUUGUACACCACCUAUUUAUCAGACCAUUCUUGUUUCCUCUUUAACAUCAACAUCCUUCUUUAACAAACAUUCUCAUCUAGAUUCUGUUUGUCAGUGGCUCCUCUCAAGGAUGGAGCCUAAGCCAUGGUAUCCAGACGACUUCAAAUUCGUUCUCAGCAAUACUCUCACGGAAGAGCAUGUGGAUAAGAUUUUGAUAAAGCGCGGCUGCUCGUCACGGUUCGUCUACGGGAUGCUUAUGUUGCCAACGAUCCUCAAACACUUUAUCGCUGCCAGCAAAGAUUCAAACCUACAGAAGAACAUGACACAAGCUACACUCUAUGGAUACAAACUGUAUCAGGUCACCAAAUCGAAUACCCCUGUCAUUGCUCCAUCAUCGGAUCCUCUAGCUUCUGUGGACGGUGUACUCAUCUUCGGUCUAGACAGCCAACAAAGGAAUUCGAUAUACAGGCUCGAAGGACGUUCGACCAGGCUCGUCAACGUACAAGUGGAAAUAUCAUGCCGGAAAGAUAACGACAAUGUGCGGAGCCUUCGACGCAUCGAAGCCGGUACUUUUGCCUGGACGGGGGACAAGCAGGAUUUACUGCUCACGGGAGCUUCAUUUUGGAAAGUGGAUGACCUGUUGAAGAGCCCGUUCUAUCAGAAUACCGAGGAAUCGAAAAUUAACAAGUCCAAGGCAAAAACUCCGCCUCCAACAGAGAACGUGCUCGCGAUUGGAACUUCUUUUGAGCUCCCCAUCAGACGUCCCGAGAGCCAUCUGAAUGCUCUCCGUCGUCGUUUUGAAUCUCGUUCGGGAAACAUCCUGGAUGACAUUGAAUGGCCAGAUAAAUAAUAUGAAGGUGGCUCUGUUGACUUUGGAUCCUCCAGGACCCGUAGUGUAGGGCAAGUUUGGAUCCUGAUACUGCCCCAUUACCAUCAUGAGUACUCGUGACUGCAACCGGAACAUUGCUUCUUUUUUGAGAUUUUCGUUCAUGCGCAUUGAGUUAGGGGAAAG